GAUGCCGCCUCCUGUAUUGCUGUCUCCGAGCGUAUGAUCGCUCUUGGCACCCACGACGGUUUCGUUCGCAUUCUUGAUUUCUUGGGCAAUCAGACCGCCCAUCGCCGCCUCCGAUACGCCUCCGGCACGUCUCCGACUAUCGUCUCCGCCUCCGGCUGUCGUCUCCAACGAUCAAGAAAGCCACUUCUCUCUCUCUACCCAUUUUUUCUCCUCCUUCCUCACCUACUUUCGACCAGCCCUGUUCACCACCUUCUUCGAGAACACCGAACUUCCAACGGCAGUACUAUCCCAGCAUUCUCACACAACUCCGGCGUAUAUCUGAUAUCUCAACCAUCGCUCGAUUUCAUUUUCUUCCUGUAUCAUUUCUCCUCUUCACCCCACCGUUCAAGGCUUUUUGUAAACAAUCCACGAAAGCUUUGUUCCCGGUCCUCAUCACUGGUUAACCCGAAAGCUCUGUUCUCGGUCCUCAUCACCGGUUAACCAGAAACAUUAGCAAAUACGGAAAUCUGACCUUUCCAUCCUCCCUUUCCAUUUCGAAGGAGAUUUACAGUUAAGGGGAUCAUCCUUUCCCAUCAAACUUUCGAUCGCAAACCGUUUCGUUACCGUUGAUUGAGAAACAGUUCGGAGCUGAGCUAACUGAAAUCUCCAGUGUACAUCGUCCUCAGUCAGGCCAAAAUCUGCCCAGGUCAAGGAAUUCCGUGCUCAUACUGCUAUGGUCAAUGAUCUAAGCUUUGACACAGAAGGUGAAUAUGUAGGAAGCUGCUCGGAUGAUGGAUAUGUUGUAAUAAACAACCUUUUUACAGAUGACCGGAUGAAAUUUGAGUAUCUUCGUCCAAUGAAGGCUAUUUCUCUGGAUCCUUAUUAUUCAAGAAAAUCAUCACAGAGGUUUGUUGCUGGUGGUUUAGCAGGUCAUCUAUACCUAAAUACAAAGAAAUGGAUAGGCUACCGUGACCAGGUUCUACACUCUGGUGAAGGCCCAAUACAUGCAGUGAAGUGGAGGACAACUCUUAUUGCUUGGGCCAAUGAUGUCGGUGUGAAAAUUUAUGACACAGCCAAUAAUCAGAGAAUCACUUUUAUUGAGAGGCCACAUGGAAGCCCACGUCCUGAGCUGUUGCUCCACCAUUUAGUUUGGCAGGAUGAUACUCUCUUGGUUAUUGGCUGGGGAACAUCAAUAAAAAUUGCUGCAAUUAGGACAAAUCAAUAUGCAGGAACCAAUGGGAUACAAAGGCAUGGGCCAGUAUCUCAUAUGAAGCAUGUGGAUAUCAUGGCAUCUUUCCAAACUAGCUAUUUUAUUUCAGGAAUUGCUCCCUAUGGUGAUGCUUUGGUCGUUCUAGCUUAUAUUCCUCAGAAAGAUGAUGGAGAGAAAAACUUUAGCAGCACAAUUCCAUCACGCCAGGGAAAUGCACAGAGACCUGAAGUACGUAUAGUCACGUGGAGAAAUGAAGAACUUGCAACAGAUGCUCUAUCUGUGAAUGGCUUUGAGCACUAUAAGGCAGAGGAUUAUUCCCUUGCUCAUGCUCCUUUUUCAGGUAGCAGUGGUGCAGGUGGUCAGUGGGCUGCUGGAGAUGAACCACUGUACUACAUUGUUUCCCCAAAAGAUGUAGUUAUUGCAAAGCCUAGGGAUGCUGAAGACCAUAUUACUUGGCUUCUUCAACAUGGAUGUCAUGAGAAAGCAUUAGCUGCAGUUGAAGCAGGAAAGGGCCGAACAGAGCUUCUUGAUGAGGUGGGAUCAAGCUACCUGGAUCAUUUGAUUUUGGAAAGGAAAUAUGCUGAAGCUGCAUCUUUGUGUCCCAAGUUGUUGCGUGGAUCUGUUGCUGCAUGGGAGAGGUGGGUUUUCCACUUUGCUCAUCUCCGCCAGCUUCCUGUGUUGGUCCCAUACAUUCCAACUGAAAACCCAAGAUUGCGUGAUACUGCUUAUGAGGUAGCUCUUGUAGCUCUGGCAACGAAUCCAUCUUUCCACAAUGACCUCUUGGCAACUAUUAAGUCUUGGCCGCCAGUGAUAUAUUCUGCAUCAACUGUGAUUUCAUCAAUUGAACCUAAGCUUAAAACUUCAUCUAUGACUGAGACACUUGAAGAGGCAUUGGCAGAACUUUAUGUAAUCAAUGCACAAUACGAGAAGGCUCUUGCAUUAUAUGCUGAUCUUAUGAAGCCUGAUAUAUUUGACUUCAUCGACAAGCAUAACUUGCAUGAUGCCAUUUACGACAAGGUUGUCCAACUGAUGGUACUGGAUUGUAAACGUGCAGUCUCCUUACUGAUCCAACAUAGGGACUUGGUUCCUCCGGCUGAAGUGGUUUCACAACUUUUAGAUUCCUGUAAUAAGUGCAACUCCAGACAUUUCUUGUACUUGUAUCUCCAUUCACUGUUUGAAGUUAAUCCACAUGCUGGAAAGGACUUCCAUGAUAUGCAGGUAGAACUCUAUGCAGAAUAUGAUCUGAAGAUGCUGCUUCCUUUUCUUCGUAGUAGUCAGCACUAUACGCUAGAGAAGGCAUAUGAUAUUUGCAUCAAAGAAGGUCUUCUGAGAGAGCAGGUUUUUAUCCUUGGAAGAAUGGGAAAUUCAAAACAAGCCCUUUCUGUUAUCAUUAACGAAUUAGAGGACAUAGAAGAGGCAAUAGAGUUUGUGACAAUGCAGAACGAUGAUGAGCUUUGGGAAGAACUAAUUAAACAGUGUCUUAAUAAGCCUGAAAUGGUGGGUGUUUUGUUGGAGCACACUGUUGGUAACCUUGAUCCGAUUUAUAUUGUGAAUAUGGUGCCUAAUGGUUUAAGGAUACCACGGCUUCGAGAUCGCUUAGUUAAAAUCAUUACGGAUUAUAGAACUGAAACUUCUCUUAGACAUGGAUGCAAUGAUAUCCUUAAGGCAGACUGUGUGAACCUCUUGGUCAAGUACUAUAAGGAAGCACAGCGUGGAGUAUACUUGGGUAGUGCAGAAGAAGAAACUCAAGCAAAGAGGGAUGGCCAUAGAGCUACUGAGGUAACUGGGAAGCCAGCAGGUAUGAGAUUGAUGGAAUUGAAGUCAAAAGCAAGGGGUGGUGGAAGGUGUUGCAUGUGCUUUGAUCCCUUCUCUAUACAAAAUGUCUCAGUCAUAGUAUUCUUUUGCUGUCAUGCCUAUCAUCUCACUUGUCUCAUGGACUCCACAAAUUCUGUUAGUCAUAAAAGUGGGACCCAUUCCACUUCCCAGGAGCCUGUAUCAAAUUAUGAUGAUGAUGAUGACGAUGAUGAUGAGGAUGAUGAUAGUAACCAGUCUGGUGCAUCUCGAGUGCGUUGUAUUUUAUGUACUACAGCUGCUGGAUGAGUUUGUGUAUGUAUGUGUGGUGUGGGUGUUGAUGGGAGGGUUGUGGGUGUAUUUUUGUGUUUUUUUUCUGUCUUAAUGGUUUCUGCCUCAAUUGGUUUUAUUAUUUGCGUUCAAUUUUGUUCAAGUCUUUUGCCAUUUAUUGGAAAUUAUUGCCUAAACUGGACACAGAUUUGAAGUCGCAAAUUUUGGGCCUCCAUAUUUGGGGGAUGUAAAGGGAGUCUUGUACAGAGUACAAACAGAAUGUGGAUAAAGCCUUUCUGGUUUCCUUUCUAAUCGCCUCUUAUGUGAGUUGUGAGUUGCAGACCUGCAGCAUCCUUAAGGAGUGACAAUGGGAGUCUCACCAGCUACUUGUCAGUUUUUU